GUCUCUCAUCUUGUUUUCCCGCCUCCAGACACGAUGGAGUGGGCGUGGCAGCUGGCCCUCGUCGCCCUGGCAACCGCUUGCGCGGUCCCCUGCCACGCUAAGAACAAAGAGUUCCCCUCCGACACGCUGAUCAACAACGUGGUGACGGACCCCCGCUCGGGCCGCCUGUACGUGGGCGCCGUCAACCGCCUCUACCAGCUGAGCGCCGACCUGCAGGUGGAGUCCCGCACGGAGACGGGCCCCAAGAGGGACAACAAGCAGUGCACGCCGCCCGUCACGGACGCCUGCGAGGAGGCCGUGGACACCGACAACCACAACAAGCUGCUGCUGGUGCAGGAGGCCACGGACGUGCUGGUGGUCUGCGGCAGCGUCUUCCGGGGCAUCUGCUCGCUGAGGAACCUGAGCGCCGCCGAGCAGCUGCUGUACUUCAGCGACAGCAAAGGGGAGAAGUCGUACGUGGCGACCGCCGAGGAGGGCGUCUCCGUGGUGGGGGUGACGUCCUACUUCACCAAGGACACCAAGAACUUCACCGUCUUCCUGGUCGGCAAAGGCUACGGCAGCCACGACAGCACCAAGCUCAUCUCCACCCGCAUCCUCCAGGACUACGGCGACUGGGUGGUGUUCGACAGCAUCAUCGAGGCCUCGGCGGUGCAGGCCAACCCCUUCGUCCUGCGCUACCUCCACGACUUCCGCUUCGCCUUCAAGGACGGCGGCUUCGUGUACUUUCUGUUCUCGCGGACGCUCGGCGUCCAGGACACCAAGAACUUCACCUUCGUGUCCAGGAUGUGCGAGGACGACCAGGGUUACUACUCGUACACGGAGCUGCAGCUCAACUGCAGCAGCACCAACAAGUACAACAAAGCUCAGGCCGCCUACGUGGCGACGCCGGGCGAGGUUCUGGCUCGGAACAUGACCGAGUCGGGCCGGUACGGAUCGGUGUCGGCCUCCGACAAGGUGCUCUUCGUCACCUUCACUUCUGAUGAAGACCCGUCCACGUCAGCCCUGUGCAUGUACCCUCUCGUCUCCAUCAACGAGAGGCUGGUGAGGAUCAUAAAAGCCUGUUACAGCGACGAGGGCAACAUCGACGAGAAGUCCGCCGUCUACUCGCCGUACUCCUCCAAGUCCGAGGAGCUGUGCAAGAACAAGAACCCCAACAACAUGGCCAUCAACAACAGGUGUGGAGCCGAGUACCUGCCCUCGCCGCUGGCCAGCAAGGCCGAGUUCGCCCUCACCGCCGAGCCCCUGUUGGCCCGCGAGGGCCACAUGACCGCCGUGGCCGUGGCGGUGGAGAACGGGCACGCGGUGGCGUUCCUGGGCACCGCCAACGGAGAGGUCUUGAAGGUGCACCUGUCGGGCCACGCGGAGGUGUACGGGCAGGCGCAGGGCGACGUCACGGGAGAAAAGGUCAACAAGAACCUGCUGUUCGAUCCCCGCCUGCAGCACCUGUACGUCACCACGGAGAAGAAGAUCACCAAGGUUCCCGUCCAGGCCUGCCACCUGAAGACGGACUGCGAGUCCUGCGUCUCCAUGAAGGAUCCGUACUGUGGCUGGUGUGUCCUCGAGGGAAAGUGA